AGAAUGACACAGGACGAAAGGACGAGACUAUAAGAGACAACGGGAUGAAAGAGUGUAUAAGGGUUGAGGGAGAGAGUGAGAGAGAGAGAAAGAGAAUUACAUGUUAUACCGUCCGCGGAGGCUGCGCGGAAAAAUCGAUAAAAGCAGGCGGUGAGAUACGCGAAGUGUGGCAGACCGCGCAGUCAGACUUGGACCGGCACCCCAAAUAACACGCGGUCGCGUUACCGUUACACAUUAUCAUUAGCGUGGUGAUACUUCCGGUUUCAAAGAAAAUCCCUUUUCAUUAGAAAUUAGGAAAAAAAAAUCUCUUUUUUGUUUCCUCAGGAGAAAAAAUACUUGAAAUAAUUUUUAUUCACAAUUUUCAAAUAUUUUAAAGUAAAAGUUUUAUACGAAGAAAAUUUGAUGUGGAUAAACGAAGAAAUGCUGUGAGAACUUUCAUUUUCUUAUCAAUGUUUGCAUUUUCGAGUCUAAUGAAGGCAUGGACUUCAAUAUACAAAUUGAAAAAGUGUGGACGAAACCACCAAUUUUCAAGAGUGCAGGAAACAAUGGAUUCCAGGAGCAUAGGAUAAAAUGAAUAGAAGAGAGGACCCGCUGCUACGGCAACAUCGCAGCAGAUUGUUGCAGUUAGCCGAGGUUACUAAUAUCAAACCUGGUCGUGGCAGCGGGAAAAGACGUGGUCAGAGAACCCAACAAAAUUUUGGACCCAGUAAUGGAGGUUCGAGCAACACUGGAAGUCGAAUCACUCUUCAAGAUAUUGUAAGAAAUGAUCCAGGAUAUACGCCAAAUAUCGAGCACCUCGUAUUCCGUGAAAGCAAAAGCGGCAAUACAAAUUUGAAAUCGGAUGGCUCGCCACAAAAUAAAUCGAAGGGAAAUUCAAAUUUUGGCAGAUCAAAAUUAGCCGAGGUCUUUUCACGAACUUAUUCACGUGGCUCUUCACCGGAUUCUUCUACUAAUCGGAAAAAUCAUCUCAAUAGUAAAUCAUUGGACAGUGGUGGGGCGUUUGCUCAUCAGUAUUUGUCAGGAACAGGUUCGAUAUCAAGAGUCACUCCCAGACGUUGGCUAUCGCAAACAUCGCAAUCUCAAAUUUCGAGGCAACAUUCAACGGACGAUGGGGCACGUGGGGCCCCAGUGGGUGUUGGAGGAGGACCUGUUUCGACCUCGUCCUCAAAUCACGUUAUUGCCCCUCGUCGUGUCAGUCCUGCAGCAGAUUCAUCAGAAAUCGCCAAUCAGGGCCCGACUUCGCGAUCCGACAGGAAUACGAUUCUGCAUCUGCGUGGAACGUCAGAUCCAUGGGAAGUUAGUUCCCAAGGUUCUGCAUACAGUGUGGGGAGUACAAAAAGUCUAACUGCAUCUAGAGGAAAAUCUGUUGCGAACACACGUGGGGGUUAUAAUCGCGGAAGUUCAAUACCCUCCCUCAAGCGUCACGAGUCGCAAAUCUCAUCGAAAGCAAAUACUGGAAGUCUUAAAUUACGUCAGGAUGGACAAAGUCAAAUACGACGACGGGAUACUGUAGCCAAUUUUCUAUCCGGAGCGGGUGGUUCUUCUGGUGACCUUUUUGUGAGUGGUAGCUGCAAUCGAGAAUUAUCGCCGGUGCAUUGGUGUGAACAUGAAGUGGACGGUGUUUAUCUUGGUAGGUCCGGUUGGGUACAAGUCCAACAGAGAUCCCUCGAUGACAGAAGAACCAACUAUGCAAAUAAAAUUGGUAACAAUGUUGGUACACUACCACUGGCGCGAAGAACCAAUGUUAAAUUAGCAGACUAUCACUGCAGUAAAAGCGAACCCGGAAAGUGUCCCGAUUUCUCACGUCUCGAAUCACAGAGACCUGAUUAUCUUGCUCUUCACAGUCGAGAUUACGAUCCACCUAGUAACUGUUCCUCACCCCACGAUAUACCCGAGUCCUUCUCACCACCCUCUCUAACGCCCAUAAUCUCUCCACCACCAGCUUUUCAAGACGUUGGCAAAAGAUCUUCCUCGAGGCACAUGGCAAAUUCAACCUAUCCCAAAGCUCCAUUUCUACCACGUUCGAACGCCAUUGUUGAUAGUGACAUAAUAAGCCCACCACCCUCGCCACCUCACACCAGAAAUUGGAGUUCCCUCCCAUCGUCCGUAUCUAGAAAAUCCUCAAAUCUUUCCGCCGCUAAGCUUAGAAAGACACCAAAUAUCACGUCUCAGCAGCAACAAUACCGUAUGGCCCAGGCAAAAUCCCUCGAAGACCAGUCGUCUUCGAGAAGAAGUCAGUUUGCUCAAAGAUACAAGGAGUCAUCAUCCUCGUCUUCCUCUUCAAUGGGCUUUCGAAGUCUAGACAGUUGUAUGAACAGGACGACAAUGCCAAGACUGGCCGAAAACACCGAUUCGUCUGUAGAGGGAUAUGACGACGAGGAUGAGGACGACUUGAGUACCAUUUCACCGACAGUAGUCCCUUUACAUUCAUCGUCCGAAUCGAUUCGUGCCAAUGGUGAGAGGAUAUCACCCGGUAGUCGACAGAAUAGACACUAUCGAGGUCAACAGCCAUUGAGAAGAUCACCCGGUUCUUCGGAAUCUGGAAAGCAAAUGUCCUUCAAUUCACCGUCUUCCUCGUCAUCGACUUCGAGUAGUGUCGAACGUCAGGGUCGAUCACCAACGCCAAACUUUAGACGUUCGAAGCAACAGAACACUAGAAACAUCACCUCAUCUCCUGAUUCUCUUCAAUCACGUGUACGACGCUCCAGGAGUCUUCAACUGCCGGAGAAAAAAUCUCCAAGCUCUUCUGGACCGCAACAGUUGUCUAAUGAUCACAGAGCCAUCAAGACUGCUGAGAGAGGCGGUCAGAAGCGUCACGCCUUAUCUAACAGAAAAGCACAGUCCACGGAGGAUGCCUUGAGCGAGGAUUUAUUGCGAGAGGCAGAAGUGGUUACUGAAUUUCUUUACGGUACCCGUAGUCGUGUUGCUGCGCGUAAUCUUCUCUCAAGUCGUUUCGAAAAGCGCAACGAUAAUGCAGAUCAGCGAAAAACAACUCCAAACUCAUAUGACGUUUACUUUAUAUCCUCUAAACAAACUCAACCAAUUAAAGCAAACAACAAUACCUCGACCCAACAACAAAUUAGUAGACCAAAAACUUUACAACGCGGUGUAACAACUCCCGUCACUAAUUCAACGUCAAAUCACGAUUUCACUCUCAGUCCCGAAUCAAAAAUGCGAUGUAACAGUAGUACUUGUGAUUUUUGGCCACAUUGCUCCCAAAGAGACAGUAUUUAUUCACCCAGUCAAGGCCCGGUUUUCAUGAAAGUUUCACAAAGUUAUCCGGCACAUCAGAGAAUGACUUCCGAAACAGGAAGUCAAGUUAAUAGAGGUAGUACCUGUUCGUCGCCGGCCUCACUCGAAAGAAUGGACGACAGGGAAACGAGGGAUCGGGACAAUUUGAGAAAGUCUGGUCAAAGAUAUGUUAAUGGUGGUCCCAAGUAUCAGGAACGCGUUCCAAGGGGCGUUCUAAAACCCUCUUCCCGCUGGACUCCCAAUGAAACGGUUAAUGGUCACGUGGCUAAUUCCGAUAAGAGGGAUUAUCGGAAAUCAUCAGAAAUCGGUAACAAUUUUGAUGUGCCCCAAAAGACGGAGAGAAAAGUUUCCCCCAAUCAAAUGAAGUGUUUAAAUAAAUCGCCAAGUGGUAUUGCAAUAUCUCCAACCUCAUCAUCAUCUUCCAGCAGUGAUAUUUGGGUGACAACGUCCGAUCGAACAUCGACGAAGAGUCCAAAAAAUGCCAAGAGUUCGGGAGCAUCGACGCCAAUGGAGGACGCAAUGGCUGGAUCCCUGAAGACAUUGAUUGAACCACCUCGGGAUGGAAUUUUAUCGAGACCCGGAAGUGCACCGGCCAAGAGGGACAAUUCAUUGCCAAGUGGUGUCAUUCUGGAUCCGCAGCAGAGAUCUCUGUCCUUGCCCAAGUCGUUCCUCGCUCACAAUAUCAACGAAAGUAAUGUUGGAACAACGUCUUGGCGUCGAGGACAAGAGUCACAGCGUUCCACCCCAAGUCCACGACGUUAUCGAGAUUUGGAUGUCCCUGUACCUCACACUGCACCUGUUUCUCCUCAACAUGAACCGCACGUGACUGCCUAUGGCAAGGACCGCAGACGAGCCUUUGGUAAAAACCAACGACGUGUUAAAGCCUCUAGUACCCCAGCUCUUCUUGACCGGGACGAUGACGGUCGACGAUGGUCAGGCGAUGAUGACGAUGAUGACGACGAGGAUGUUAGAGGAAGUCACGUGACCACUGAACAUCCCCUUGCCGAAGCAUCAAUUCCUCUUGUUUCUCAUUCUCAUCUACAGGAAACGGCAACUGUUACGCCGGCUGUUGUUAUUAAUAACACCGGAAGUCAAAUACAUCGGGCCCAUGCUCCAAAUCAACAAGAAAGUGUCUUACAAAAAUUUCGAAAAAGUUUCUCCCUAAGAUUUCAUAAAAAAGGCAGUAAAGAAAGCACCGAGAGUGAAUGUCCACCGGAUUGUAAUGAGGGUUCAAUGAAUCUCGACGAUGAUGAUGAUCGUCAUUUGGCACCAGCCUCCGAUCAAUCACAACAUAAAGAGGAUUCGGGAAAUGAUCAAAGAUUUAGAUUUGGACCGCUUGUUUGGAGAAGCAGUAAGGAGAGGAAAAAGGGGAGCAAAGCAGCGAGAAGCGCAAAAUGCAAUAGCGGCGACAGUGGCAUUCAAAUCGAGAUGGUAUCUGGUGGUGCGUUGACUGGGGGCAGUGUUGGAAUAAUGGGAGGCGGUGACAGCUCUGAAUCUCAUGACACCGAUGUCCCUGAUGAAACGGACAGCCCUCCAGCCGCGCGAAGGCGAGUCGCCGAUAAAUUACGACCCCAGUCCGAGCUCAUUAACCAGAUACUACUAGACAAAUUAAAGGCGGACCUACAGAGCAGGACAACGAGGCAUCAUAUUGUAAGAAGGACAAAUAGUGAUUUAGGAGGACAAAGACUCCUUCAAUGGGAUACACGUUCUGGAUAUAGUCAUGUUCAUAAUUACAGAAGAAUGCUGUCAACACCAUCGCCAAUAAAGACAAGACCACCGCGACUGAGUCCAAGGCACUCCGAUAUCAUUACCCUGAGAAGUAACGCGAAAGGGAGGUGUUCUCGGACAAAUUUGAGACGUUCUCUCAGUCAGCCAUUGGGUAUCAAUCAACUUUCUCCAUUGAUGCGCACUAAAACUGCAGGUGCGAGGUUACCCGGUGGUAAUGUUUUGUCCGAGGACGAGCAAGACGGAAAAGGAGGGACUUCUGAUGAUGAGAUGAUGUCUGAUUCGGAAUCGUCUAUCGCCUCUUUGACGGAUAGAAAAAAGUCCUUUGAACAGACGAUGGACGAUGAGAUGGUGAUAUUGGCGGAGGCGGUUUGGGACCAUAUUGCCAUUGAAACUGAGGAACUUGCUUUUCGUGCUGGUGAUGUUAUUGACGUUAUGGACACGAUGGACAAGGACUGGUGGUGGGGAAGUUGUCGUGGAAAAUUCGGAUGGUUCCCCGCUGCUUUUGUGCGGCUUCGAGUGAGUCAAGAAGACACGGUGGAGGAUUGUUUGGCAGCGAUUGCAUCGGGAGCGUCUUCAAAUUCUCAAUUGAGGCGACGCACGAGUAUUUCAUUGCUGUCGAACGAGCAAGUGAGAACGAGCGUUGUUCGUGAACUUGUUCAAACUGAACGCGAUUUUGUCAAAGUUCUUAAAGACGUUGCCGAGGGUUAUAUCGCCGAAUGUCGCAGACGCACUGACAUGUUCACCGAGGCGCAAAUUGAAACAAUUUUCAUCAAUCUCGAGGAAUUACUCGAUUUCCAGUCGGAAUUCUUGAAGGAUCUCGAGGCCUGUAUCGAUUGGAAUUCCCCGCACAAAAGUUGCGUUGGCGAAUGUUUCCUUAGUCAUAGAAACGGUUUUCGAAUGUAUUCUGAAUAUUGUAAUAGUCAUCCGAUGGCAACGGCGACACUACAGGAACUUUAUCAAUACGAUCAGUAUGCACAAUUUUUUGAAGCCUGCCGUUUGAUGCGUGGACUGAUAGAAAUACCGUUAGACGGCUAUUUACUCACUCCGGUUCAAAGGAUAUGUAAAUAUCCAUUGCAGCUAGCCGAGUUGCUCAAGUACACAAAAGCCGAUCAUCCCGAUUAUCAAAAAAUCCAAGAAGCUUUAGAAGCCAUGCGAGGCGUCGCUGUUCUUAUCAAUGAGAGGAAACGAAGAAUGGAAAGUCUAGAGAAACUUGCGGCCUGGCAACUUCGAGUUGAAGGAUGGGAGGGUGAAGACUUGAUAGAAGUCUCGUCGCAAUUGAUUUAUCAGGGAGAAGCAAUGAGAGUAACGACAGGAAUGUGGACGAGUAAUAUCGUUUUAUUUCUCUUCGAUCAUCAACUCGUCUAUUGUAAGAAGGACCUUCUCAAAAGGAAUACAUACGUUUAUAAAGGCCGCUUUUAUCUCGACACUAGUGAAGUGAUUGAUGUACCGGACGGAAAAGAUCACCAAUUGGGAGUUACAGUGAGGCAUUGUUUGAAAAUUUACAGUUGCGUAAGGGAUAAAUGGCUUCUAUUUUGUUGUCGUACUUCAGAGGAGAAACGACAGUGGUUGACUGCAAUGUCUGCUGAAAGACGACUCGUGGCUCAAGAUAGAAAUGACGGAUUAGAAUUUCCAUCUGCCGCGAGACAAGUUGCCAAACUUGCGGCCAGCAGACAACGCUGCAGACCUCCAACGAAGCCUAGAAAUAAAGCGUACAAGCGGGAAUCAUCGUACGAUAUGCCGAUGCUUCAACCAGGUACCACGAAUUCUCUUGGUCGAAAAGUCGGAACAUGGUUUACUUUUGGUAGUAGCAAGAAAACAACACGUCCCCAACCUUCCUGAGCCAGGUCAACCUUCGUGCCAUACAUCGAUCUUUAAAUUAGUCGUCUUUUCCUUCUAGAAUUGAAGAGAAAACUCGUCAUUUAAACAGCACUUCACGCAUUGGGUACGAAGGUAAAAUAAUUUCAAAAAUAUAUUUGCAAAAACUUCUUUGCAUUUUGUACAUAAAAAAUUCCUAUUCAUACGUAUAAGUUUCGUUAAUCAAGAAACUUUUACAAUUCUCGAGAAUCUCAAUUUAUAUUUGGAAAUUCGAUUCAAAAUUUUCAUUUUGAAAAUUAAAUUCUGGGCUAAAUUUAGCAAAAAACAAAUUUAGCAAAAAAUCGAAUAUUUCCAAAAAUUGCCUAUUUAAACUGAUGCUUUCUUGUAAAAGAAAAUGUUUCUAUUCUUUUACAUUAAACGCACAGCUUGUUUGAUAUACAUUGUUAUAUGUAAAUGUUCUGUUACAAAUUCAUAAUGAAAGUUUUUGAGAGAGAGAGAGAGAGAGAGGAGCUUUUUCAUUCAUUUUUUUCGUCUCAAUUUUCGAAUCACGCACAAGACUCUAUUUUCUUAAAAAAUGUAUAGCAUUUAAACAAGAAAGAAAAGAAAAAAUACUCAAAAAGAGAAUCAGGAGCUCAAAGUUUGUUGUAGUUAUCAAAAAAAGGGACCUUUGAGAAACGUAGAAAAAAAAAUUUUUAAAAUGUGGGAACAGAAGAUAAAAUGGAAGUUCUCAGGACGUCUAUUUCAACGAAUUGUGUCUCACUGCCUCUUCAAAAAAAAAAAGAAAAAAAAAUUCUGCAAAAAAAAUUUUACCACCAAGUUCCAGAUUUUUUGUGUCAAUAAAAUAAAAAAUUUGACAGUUGUUAAAAAUAAAUAGUAAAAAUAAUAAAUAAAAUUAAUAAUUAAUGAAAUUAAUAAAUAAUGAAAUUCGUAAAUAAUGAAAUUCAUAAAUAAUGAAAUGCAUAAAAGUAAUAAAAAUAACGAAAUUAAUAAAAAUAAUAAAAAAUAAAAAGUGUCUCCAGUAAAUAAAACAUUUUGUCUUCAAAAUGCACUUGAACGGAUAUAUAAUUAAAAAAUAUAUUUAAAAUAGAGAAGAAAAACUUUUUGUAGUCGUAGUUGUGAUUUCCCUAUCAGACAAAUAUGUAAAGUUGGAAAAAUUUCUCGUUUCACCAGUUCCUCUAUAUUAAGAAAAAAAUUUUCAGCAUUUAGAAACAUUUCUUCAUGCGAUAUUUUAACAGGAGGCAAAAAAAAUAUGUAAAGAAAACAAAAUGCAAUGGAAAUAUUGAAAAUAUUCUUCAAAUUCUAAUGAUUGUCCAAUUUUACUGUUUGUUAAAUUUUAAAAAAUUCAAAAAUAUUCAAAAAAGGUUCCAAAUUAAUUUCAAGUUAUCUUUUAGUUUUUUUCGCUUCUUUUUUUAGCUUUUUUCCUAAUUUCGGUUAAUUAUUAAAUUAUUGAUAUUAAAGUCGAAGUUCCACCAACUUUAUGAUCAAGAGCUGAAAGAAAAAAUAUUUUUAACACCAAAAGCAAAAUGUUUCGUUUACAAAUUUUUCUUUAUUAAAUUAUUUCUUGAAAAAUAUAUAAAAAUUUAAAUAGAAAACUAUUUUUUUCUCUAGAUCGUUGAUUCUAAACAUUGCCAACAUUUAUUUAUUUUAUUUAUUAUUAUCAAUUAGGAAUUAUUAUUGAACUAUUAAUUAACCGUAAUUAAUAAACAAAUAAGAAUUCAAAUGAGAAAUUUGAGGAAAAUUUUCAAUAUUUCUUUUCAUUAUUGAGAAUAAAAAGAAAAAGAAGAAGAAGACGCUUUGUUUUAAAGAGAAUUUUGCUCUUGUGAUGAUUGAAAUCAGAAAAACAAUGGAGAUUUCGAGAAAGCGAUGAAAAUGAAGCAUUAAUGAUGUACUUACUUUUCAUGUGGUACUAAGUGCCAUUGAUUGUUAGGGUUUAAAAAGACUGAAGGCAAAAUAUUUGCUUCUUAAGUGAUUUGCAAAAAAAAAAAAAAAAAAAUGCAAGAAAUAGUGCGUAUAGUGUUAUCUGGAAAAUUUUACCAUAAAUCAUUCAUUAUAAUAUCAUUUUAUUAAAAC